AAAAAAAUCAGCGCGCAGGCGCGUUAGAGGCCGGCUCCCACCCCAUUCAUAAGAACUGCGUUGGGCCUACUGCGCCUGCGUGCUGCUGCUCUUCCCUCCCAUUCAUAAAAAAAGCCAUUUUUUCCCAGGCAGUUGCAACACCGAACGCAAAUAAGAAGCUGACAGACAGCAGAGGAGCAAUGCAGCCCGGAUCAAUGGUUUCCAAGCACACAGUCACUCAUUCGCUGGGAUUUGCGGAUUACUAGGAAAUGUGCCUGGCUGCAGCCUUCCAAGAGUUUUAAGAAGCAGCAUACCCAGAACUGGUGCGGAUUAGGUCAAUGGAUUCCAGGAUUCCUCACAGUAUCACAGUCGUGCCCAACGCUGUCAUGGUACAGCCAUUGCUGGAUGGCCGGGUCCCUUAUGGAAGAUUACAGCAUCCACUCACCAUUCUGCCAAUCGACCAGAUGAAAACCAGCCAUUUGGAAAACGAUUACAUUGACAAUCCUUCGUUGAGUCAGCUGGCUAGUCAGAAGCUUGUCAGGGGUCCUCAUGAACCCACGCUCAUCAAUCAGCAUUUGCAGAGGUGUGAGGCAGACAUCACCCACCCUUGGAUAUCAUUCAGUGGGCGUCCAAGCUCAAUUAGCAGCAGCAGUAGCACCUCCUCAGAUCAAAGACUCUUGGACCACAUGGCCCCACCUCCGGUGGUGGAUCAGUCACCACCCAGGGCAGUGAGGAUACAGCCUAAAGUUAUUAACUGCAAGCCUCAGGAUGUAAAGGGACCCAUGGCCCAGGAGCUAGACAAGCACGUCUUACUCUGCGAGACCUGUGGAAAGUGCAAAUGCAAAGACUGUACCACUCCUCGGACAUUGCCGUCUUGCUGGGUGUGCAACCAGGAAUGUCUGUGUUCAGCCCAGAAUUUGGUCAAUUACUCCACCUGCAUGUGUCUGGUAAAGGGUGUGUUUUACCACUGCACCAACGAAGAUGAUGAAGGCUCGUGUGCAGAUCAUCCAUGCUCUUGUUCUCACUCCAACUGCUGCGCUCGGUGGUCUUUCAUGGGUGCCUUGUCACUAGUCCUUCCUUGCUUGCUUUGCUACCUUCCAGCUACUGGCUGUGUCAAACUCUCCCAGAAAUGCUAUGACCAAGCCAGCAGGCCCGGGUGCCGGUGCAAAAACACAAACAGUGUCAUGUGCAAAGCGCCAGAUGCCGUCAACAGACCAGAGAAGCCAUUCUGAUUGGCCGACCAUAAGGUUGCGAACUGUGUUACAAGGAUGCAUCCAACACUCUGCAGGAAAUUCAUGCAAAAAAUAAAAUAAAUGACUGUAGGCGGAUACCAUCACCUAAGGCUUUAAUAUAGCAUUCCUUACUUAAUUAGGGGGAUCCAGCAAGACCUGGUGUCACACUGAAGGAAAGAAGUAAAUGCCUUAUGUGUGUAGUAGCUGUGAACUGUUUCUAACUUCUGUAUUUUAAGUGUCAGAGAAGAGUCAUGUUUUAGCACAGUGGCAUCUCUACCUACCUUACAGCUUUUCUGCUCCACCUCUUGGUAAUGGAAGCAGCUUAUGCCGAUUCCCUGACACUGGCAUGGAUGUAAGCCAGCUCCAGAGCUUCCUAACAUACAGAGGUCUUUGUUUCCAACAGGACAUUCAUGCAUAACUCAGUUUUUAUAGAAGAGCAGAUUGCAACACCUCUAUACUUUCCCCACCUUACUGGAGUGUUAAUUUAUUUGCACGCUUUUUUUAUAUAUAUAUUUUCAGAGUAGCUAUUUCCAUAAAGUGUUUCCUUUUUUUGGCCAUUCUGUUUGCAGAGAAAGGCUGUAUGAAACUGAUCCUCUUUUAUGUUGCUAAAAGGCAGAGCAUGUAACAUUAUAGGUGAAGUUCUAACAAGGUGUGGAAAAUACCCGUUACAAUACGCUCUUUUCAUUUAAGUUGUCACGACUAACUCACACAUCCUAGUGCGCUCCUUUACAAGAGUGUCAUUCUCUUUGUGUUAGCGUCAGGUUGUCAGAUUUGCUGCCCUCCAGUUUGGGCAAACAAGACUUCCGAGCAUCCUCUGCUAGUCAGGAGCUGGCCGAGGAUGCUGUAAGUUGUUGUUCACAGAAGCUGAUACCAUUUCUUAAUUGUGCCGGUUCGCUAAUUAUACCGUGUGGGUUUUUUCCGGUGCAUGUAUUCUUCUUUCAGCUAAUGAUGGCUAGGUGGAAGAUGAAAGAGAGUGCUAAGGGUACUGUUUCAAAUCAGCAUGAUGAAAGGAAGGAAUUUAGCAUCUCUCUCUUCCACUUGUAGCCCCAUCCCCACUGCCUAUAAUAAGUCAGGCCUACCUUAUCUUAUGCAGACACGGAGCCCCAUGCUCUGUGACCGAUGCAUAUUGUUAUAUUUUUAUUUUGCUCUUAUAAGGCCUGUAACACCAAACUCAUCCAAAGUCUGCCAGCCAGUGUAUAGAAAUGUAGUUCGACAUAAAGAGAGCUGGUGUAUGCCCAUGAAAUUAUUUUACAUAUACAGAGGCAAAUAUCAUAAUCUUACAUUUUCUAAUCUCUAACCUCACAUUUCUAAAGAGAUCUGAGAAUCUGUGUGUUUACCUCACUGUUGGGCUGCUGUUGUUAAGCUUAGGAUACUCCACCAUCACAGGCCUCUAUGGGGAAGUGUCCUAAGCUGUCGGCCAUCUUGACUGAAAGGAUACAUGCAUAAAAACAUACUCUGUUUUGAAAAAAAAGGCACAUCUUUUUUUCCACAGUAAAUACUUUUUCUCCAGUUAUUAUGGGAACGCCCCCAUCUAUUUAGCAUCCCACCAUAUUGUACACAUUUACCGCAAUAAUUGUUACACAGCAAACUCCAUAAUGGCAGGGGCCUAAUAUUCUUUUCAGACCGUCAAAUUCUAACAUUCUACUAGCAAUUUAGGAUUUAGAGAGAAGAUCUGCACUAAGCUUGGCCCCAGAAGAGCACAAUUGUUUUCAAGCUGCAUGAAUAACACCAACAGGGAUGUUUUGGUUUCUAAGAACCAGAUAAAUUAGGGAAAUGUAGACACCAGUCAAAAUGUUUGUAUAUUUUUUUUAUAUUUUUUUCUAAGUAUUCAGCCAAUGGAACCUCGCAUGUUGCCCUGUGUUUUUUUUUUUUUUUUCUUCGCUGCUGCUGCUCAAAUUUAGCCUCUUAUGUAAAAUAACCUGUAUAUCUGUGUAAAUGUACAUAGAGAGAUACAAAUAAAGAUGUCUAUUUUAGUGUUAUAUAAGUUUUUUGGGUAAAGUCAGGGGAACAUAUAAGAAAACUCAGCCAUUUUUUAAAAGAAAGCGAUUUUCAGUGUCCUUUAAUGAAGGGCCGACUAAAUCCACUUCUAGUAGGUGCUAGUUCAGUAUCAUAUAUUCUAGAUUCUGUGUUAAAGGGGAAAUAUCAUCUGCAUAUAGGAUCUUUCUUUAAAUAAUGUAUUUGUCUUUAUCAUGUUAAAAUUGUAUUGACACUUUUUCAGGGUUAAUGGUACAAACAGGUCAUUUGGUAAAAGCUACGUGGUCUUGUUUAGCUGACUCUUUUCUAAAAUAGAACAACCUGCUAUAUGAAAGGUGCUUUUUGGGUAUUUGAGCACAAGUGAGGCACAGUACAUCACUUUGGUUUAUAUAUACUGCUUGCUCCCCUUGCACUCUGAAAUCAUAUUUUUGAGUCAAGUUGAAAAUUGUUACCAUUAAUAUGUAAAUGUCUAUCAAUACCACAAAAAUGCAUUAUGUGAUUUUAUUUUUUUAACCCCCAUCGUUCAACCUAGCUGCAUAUCUAGCACUUUGUCUUGUAUUACAAAUAGUGUAUUUAUUUGUCUUUUAUUUAAUUUGAAGGUUGGGGAAACUUUUCUAUGACAACAAGGUACAACUACACUCCUUUUUUUUCUGCUUGCAUGAUACUUCCUCUUUAGGACUUUAAACGGAGAGGUUCUCUCGCCAAACAAAGUAUUGCAUGUUGCAGGGAGCAUUUUGACUUGGUUUAUUGACAUAGAAUAACAAAAUCUGAGACUGAAUUAAAGCGCAACCCCGUAAAGCCAGGGCACACUAAGGUAUCACAACUGCCACUUUUUUUUGUGAGUUGUUGGCUUUUUGACAGUGGUGAUUGAAACAUCUUAUGUGAUAUAACCCUUAUAUAAAUGGUAUUCAUGCUACAUUAUAAAUACACCCUUUCCUGGAAUUUUUACAUCUAUACAUUUGAGGAAGAGGAACAUUUCUCCAGGACUCCCCUUUAAUUGAUUAGUAUUUAUAUUUAAGUCACAGUAUUUCCUACAUUCUAGGCAUUCUAAAGCACAGCUUGAUGGGAGGCAUAUCCAGUAGUUAACAUACUGCAGGACAUAACAUGGGAGGAAAUAUGUAACGCCAGAUUAUAGGCAGGUGCAAAUGCCACCACUAUCAUUGCCAUAGUCUUUCUUGCUUGUCCAAAAUUAUAUUAGCCUACCUAUGAAGUACAGCUGUAGAACAGUGGACUUAUGGUUGAUACUUGUGCCAAGCUUUCUUUUUUCAGUUUUUUUUUGCAGGGGUUGGGGAGGGGGGGGGAUGGGUUGGGUAGAUUGGGUCUGAUGUUUGAUAAGCUAACUGUUUAAAUUACAGGAAAUGUAAAAAUAUCUUUUUAAAAGCCUAACAUUUAACAAUUUACAGUCAAGUGACCACUAAAUAUGAUUUUUAAUGUGCAUACUUUUCAGCUCAAACUUAUUUCUAUAAUAAUCAUCACACCCUUUUUUGUCAAUGUCCAAAUAUAACAUUCUCUUAGGGCUACAAUAAAAAAAAAUGCAUUGAUGCAUUGAUAAUGAAUAAACUGACAUUAGAUUCCAAAUAUGUGAUUUUGGUUAAUGUACUUUCCCAGAAUGUCCCAGACAUUAAUGUCUCUUAGACUUUCCCCUUUAGUUCCUUUGGCAAGUUCUAUGGAUAGUACAAUAGUAAGCAGUGAGUAAGGAGGUGGAAGGUGUAUCUAUGGUUGUAAUAAAAAAAAAAAGUGCAAAAAUAAAUGCUUAAACCUGCCUCUUUUAAUGAGAAUCUAUUGUGAUACCUGGAAGAAAUUGUGCCUGAUG